UUUGGACACUGAACUUCUUGCAAAAUGGUUGUCACCCUGGACAUGGAACAACUGACUGCAUGGAUCCUAAACUUUUAUAACUUUUCUCUUCCAGGUGAAAUUACAUAUGUGUCAAUUCCCGAAAAACAGUUCAUGAUUCGACUGAAUCUUUAAGGCAGGGAAGCCCCGGGGGAGCCUAAUGCCAUAGUUGCCCUGGACCUCAUUUGUUGCACUAAAUAUACACCGUAAGUAUGGUAAGUGUUUGCAGUGGUGUCUUCCUAGCUGAGAAGUGACGGUUGGAUUAAUGGAUAGUUGACGGUUUUGGCUGUACAAGUGUAAUUUCAAAGUGCAUUAGGCCUAACGGGGAAAGCACUUGAAAAAAAAAAACGCGCCGACAGCUCGUACCUCUAGGGUGGUGUGGAAAUUGGGCUUAAACUUACAAUUAUCGGCAAAUGUAUUAAGGUAAGUUAUUGAGAAUACAAUUUUUCCUAACAAGAAAUCGUAAAUUGUAAACUUUUUGUUACAGGAGGGCCAAGAGUUUUAAUAUAAAAUCUGCAAGAUUUGUGAGGAAAAGACACUGGAAUCCAGAAUUAUAUGAAGUCAUAACAAGAACCUGGAACCCUUAUCAGUUUUUGAGAAAACCAUUAGAAUGUGAGAUCAUCUGACAGUGUGUUGUUCAAGUACACGUAAACAUAACCUAAAAAGUAAACAAACAAAGUGAUUCUCCAAGGAAAAACACUGUUUUCUUGCAAAACUCAAUUAAUUUCGCAAUUUAUUAAAGUAAUGCGAAAGAGCAACAUUACAAAUGACUUUUUGGACCGACAGCGUCGUGGUAUUUUCCUCACAAGUUCUGUUUUUCAUUGGAGCAUGGCUCUUUUUCAUGAAACAACUGUUCAAAGACUACGAAGUCCGGCACGUAAUGGUGCAGCUCAUUUUUAGCAUCACCCUGACUCUAUCUUGCACCAUGUUCGAACUGAUUAUAUUCGAAAUUUUAGGGUUUUUGGAGGCAAGUUCCAGAUACUUUUACUGGUGCUUGAUGCUGUAUCUACUAUUGUUUGUAGUUAUAGUGCUAAAUCCUUUUUAUAUUGCUUAUUAUUGUAUAAGCAACAUUAGAUAUGUUAGGAGUGAUUAUGUUAAACAUCUCACCAUCCUCACUUGGCUAAUAUUCCUAGCAGUAUUUUGGAAAAUUGGAGACCCUUUCCCAAUCAACCAUCCAAAUCAAGGAUUCUUUAGCAUGGAAUCUUUAGUCUCCAGAAUAGGAGUAAUUGGAGUUACUGUAAUGGCCCUUUUAUCAGGAUUUGGUGCUGUCAAUUAUCCUUAUACUUCAAUGAAAUAUUUCAUGAGGGAAGUUUCAGAAACUGAUGUUUCAAAUAUUGAAAAAAGACUCAUUCAAACCAUGGAUAUGCUUGUUUUAAGGAAAAAGAAAAUUGCUAUAGCUAAAAAGCAACAUGUGAAAGUUGAUGCUGUAGGGAAAAAGGGUAUUUGGGGAAUUAUUUCUUCUGUUACAGGCAAUAGGAGUAAUGAAAAUAUAAACCAAUUAAAACUAGAAAUAGAUGGCUUAGAAGAAAUGAGCCGCCAGCUUUUCUUAGAAGUACAUGAAAAUCGCAAUAUGCUUGAAAGAAUUGAAUGGUCAAAGACCUGGAAAGGGAUUUACUUCAAUUUUCUAGGAUACAUAUUCUCUGGUUAUUGUUUAUGGAAAAUAUUUAUUUGCACAAUCAAUAUAGUAUUUGACCGAGUAGGCAAAAAAGAUCCAGUAACUAGAGGCAUAGAAAUAGCAGUUACAUGGAUGGGCUUUGAUUUUGAUGUUAAUUUUUGGUCUCAACAAAUUUCUUUUUACUUGGUUGGCUGCAUUGUUAUUACUUCAAUCAGAGGACUUUUGUUAACUCUGACAAAGUUUUUCAAUAGAUUAUCUUCAAACAAAAGUUCCAAUAUAAUUGUUCUUAUGCUGGCACAAAUAAUGGGCAUGUAUUUUGUGUCUUCAGUGUUGCUGCUUAGGAUGAACAUGCCAGCACAAUACAGAAUAAUUAUUACCCAAGUAUUAGGGGCCUUACAAUUCAACUUCUACCAUAGAUGGUUUGAUGUUAUUUUCCUUGUAAGCGCCUUUAGCAGUAUAAUAGCUCUUUACUUAGCUCAUAAACCACCUGUUAAAGAUAACAUGCUUUAAUGAAUAAAUACUUUGCUAUAUUGUUUUAUUUUUUAAAAAAAUCCAUAACUUAAUACAUAGUUGACUUAAUUAUAUAAUAUACAUGUCUAUUUUUUUGAAAUAAAAGUGGAUAAUCCUUCCAGCAAUCCUAUGUAAGCAGAGUGUUCAUAUGCUGUACUAUAACUGGAAAGUUUUUCUACAAAUUCAUUGCUCAGGCCUUUUUCUUCAAGGUAGUUCAAGAUCAGAUCGUAUAAG